GUGAGGACAUCACACCAGGACUCUUCACAUCAAAGACACAAGGAUCAGGAAGAGGGGGAAGACUCGAGUCUACAACACCAGACGUCUGCCUCAGUGGCUUUUUGCUGUGCAGUUCUUUGCAGGGGUCAGGGAAGACCCAGGGUAGGGGUGAGGAGAGACCAUCUGACACACGCUUGGAUUGGCUGGAGGUUUUGAUAACAAAGCUUCGGACUGCUAAUGGAGAGUCUGUCAGGUAGCGACCACACUUACUGCCUAUCAUUUGAAAUCACUGGAUGACGAAAACGUCCACCUGGAUCGCCGUAAACUUUAAUUUUUUUUUGCCUAAUCUGGAAAUAGGACUUAGCCAGGAGAACAUGUUCAACUGAACAAGCCUGGAAAACACAUUUAAAAAAUAUUCCCCUUUUUUCCCUUAAUUAGUGAUAUUUCCGACUGUUUUGCUUACCUAAGAGGGACUUGGACAGCAGGCUUUCUGAUUACCGAAAAGUACAGACCUCAUUGGAAUGCCAACCAGGGAUUGAGCAGCUUUUAAGUCUAACACAAGGCAAAGGGAAAUAGCAGAGUUUCAUACAGGUGCUACAUCAUUUUGAUUCUGCAGGGGGAAGAUCGCACCCGGCGUAGACGGUGGCUGACUCCACUCACUGCCCUCCCGGCCUAUCUGAGCCCCAAGCAGCAUGUCCCAGGCUUUGAGGCUACCUUUAGUCCUCCACACAGCGCACUACCAUGAUCAGAUGGGCUGCUGGAGGGAGUAAGGCUGCCUCGUCCUGCUCCAGGACUGACUCUGAGGCUUUUUCUUGCUCUAGGGCCAACCCCUCCACGCUGUUUCCCUCGUGGUCUUUGCCUCUCCUACUAGCCCUGGUAGCUCUCACCUUCACCCUACCCGGAGCAGCCUGCCACCAGCUCAGGAGAGACAGGCCGAGGCUCACCGCACCUCGAACCUACAGGGCUUCGUUGAACAAUUUCGAAAGUGAGACCGCCUACAAGCCCAGGGCCACGGAGGGCCCCUUGGGUCGGACUGGAGGGCCGCAGGGAAGGCAUGUACGCAGUUACAAUCAUUUGCAAGGGGACAUACGGAGGAGGAAGCUUUUCUCUUUCCAAAAGUUUUUUUUGAGAAUCGACAAGAGCGGAAGGGUCAAUGGAACCAAGAGCAAAGAUGACCCACUCAGUAUUUUGGAAGUCACAUCUGUGGACGUGGGGGUGGUGGCUAUCAAAGGGCUGCACAGUCACUACUAUCUGGCUAUCAGCAGGAGAGGAGAAUUGUACGGAGCAAGGGAGUUUGGCGUCGACUGCACACUGAAGGAGCGCAUCGAGGAGAACGGCUACAACACGUACGCCUCGGCUAAGUGGAAGAACAAGAAACGGCAGAUGUUUGUAGGUCUGAACAUCCACGGGAGGCCUGUGAGAGGGAAGAAAACACGCAAGAGGAACACGGCCACCCACUUCCUCCCAAUUAUGGCGUGAUGAGCCCGGGGAGUUAAAUGAAUGAGGUAAAAGGACAAAAUGUGGCUAAAUUGUCAAGAUUAAGACUUUGACUCAAGAAAUAAGGGACUAACAGUGACAAACAAAUGAAGAUGGUAUAUUUUAUUUAAAGGAGCAAGGUAUGUCCUUGUCUGCCGUAGCACGGGAUACAAUAUUUAUCCUUUUCUGUGCCAAAAAGCCGGAGAUCAAUAGAGGCAGAUGUAUGGGCAACUUUAUUAUUAAAUACUUGAGAACACAAUACUUAAAGGCCUACUGAAACCCACUACUACCCACCACACAGUCUGAUAGUUUAUAUAUCAAUGAUGAAAUAUUAACAUUGCAACACAUGCCAAUACGGCCUUUUUAGUUUACUAAAUUGCAAUUUUAAAUUUCCCGCGCAGUUUCUUGUUGAAAAUGUCGCGGAAUGAUGACGUGUGCGCGUGACGUCACGAACUGUCAGGAAAUAUUAGCCCAGCACCAUUUGCGGCUAAAAGUCGUCUCUUUUCAUCGCGCAAUUACACAGUAUUCUGGACAUCUGUGUUGCUGAAUCUUUUGCAAUUUGUUCAAUUAAUAAUGGAGAAGUCAAAGGGGUUAGUGCGUCUGCCUCACAAUACGAAGGUCCUGCAGUCCUGGGUUCAAAUCCAGGCUCGGGAUCUUUCUGUGUGGAGUUUGCAUGUUCUCCCCGUGAAUGCGUGGGUUCCCUCCGGGUACUCCGGCUUCCUCCCACUUCCAAAGACAUGCACCUGGGGAUAGGUUGAUUGGCAACACUAAAUUGGCCCUAGUGUGUGAAUGUGAGUGUGAAUGUUGUCUGUCUAUCUGUGUUGGCCCUGCGAUGAGGUGGCGACUUGUCCAGAGUGUACCCCGCCUUCCGCCCGAUUGUAGCUGAGAUAGGCGCCAGUGUCCCCCGUGACCCCGAAAGGGAAUGAGCGGUAGAAAAUGGAUGGAUGGAUGGAAGUCAAAGUAGAAAGAUGGAGUUGGGAAGCUUUAGCCUUUAGCCACACAAACACACGGUGAUUCCUUGUUUAAAAUUCCCGGAGGUGAAGCUUUGCUAUGGAUCAGAGCGGUCAAGCGAACAUGGUUCCCGACCACUUGUCAACCGGCAGGUCUCCCGUCCAAAGGCAAAACCUAGUAACUCACUUCUAGCUGAUUUUGAGAAAGCAAAGGAAAACCAAUCUAUCUUGAUGGUGUCUUACAAAGAUCUACAAAGUCAUCAAACGUAUAGAUGUUUUUUUGAGCUUUCAUUUUCUUGCCGAUUGAGCCAUGGAUUGAAUCUGCUCUCAUGAACGUGUGCCCUUUCUCCAGAUAUUUUAAAUAAAUAAAUAAUAUUCAGGUCACAACAUGUAAAUGGACUAUUGUUGGUGGUUGUUGAAUGGUUAUUUAGAGGGUUUUAUGAGCGCAUUGAGUACCCUCGAUCCGUUGAUUCAAUUAUUUAUUUAUGAUUUUGAAUGUUUAAAAAAAGAAAAAUAAAUGAUAAAUGGGUUGUACUUGUAUAGCGCGUUUCUACCUUCAAGGUACUCAAAGCGCUUUGACACUACUUCCACAUUUACCCAUUCACACACACAUUCACACACUGAUGGAGGGAGCUGCCAUGCAAGGCGCCAACCAGCACCCAUCAGGAGCAAGGGUGAAGUGUCUUGCUCAGGACACAACGGACGUGACGAGGUUGGUACGAGGUGGGAUUUGAACCAGGGACCCUCGGGUUGCGCAUGGCCACACUCCCACUGCGCCACGCACAAACUCGGGUGGGCCCCAUUCUGCGUGUACAGCGUCCAGUUUUUAUUUUGACCUCCACAGUUAUCUGCCCAAAAGAGUAUGCAAGGGGAAGAAUCAAGAACAAUACAUUUAAUGAAGGUGCUUGCAAAGUCAUGGGCCAAUCUUCCAAAUAUCCCCUCGUGCCAUAAUAUCACAUAAUCAGGUUGACCGUCGGCCCCCAUUCGUGCAAAUGUCUCAUUAAAGACAAUAAGGCGACUGACAAAGAAGCUCCGAUUGGUCCCUUGAGAUACUAGGUUUUUUCUGUUAUGUGGUAGUUGCUAGGUCCUGCCAUGCGCGUAACAGCUUACUUACGGAACAAAUUACAAUAUCGCGUACACUAAUGUAAAGCAUAUCACCUAGGAACUCCAAAAUUAUUAUCAGCUCAGUUUUGACCAAAAUUGAGUUACUGGGUUUUGCCUUUGGACGGGAGAGGUUUCGGUGAGAAAAUUGUGGUAAAAAGUCGCCUUUUACCGUCCUUGUAUCUGCCGUGACUUCCCUCAGACACUGGCCUAAAGACACCCGUGGACACACCCCUCCGACUAUCAGGUACUAUUUAAUCUCACUAAAAAACUAGCAACACAAUAGAAAGAUGAGGGAUUUCCCAUAAUUAUCCUAGUAAAUGUGUCUAAAAACAUCUGAAUCCGUCCCAAAGCAAUCGCUUUUUUUUUUUCUAGUCCUUUGCUAUCAAUAUCAUCAUCCACGAAUCUUUCAUCAUCGCUCAAAUUAAUGGGGAAAUUUUCGUUUUCUCGGUCCGAAUAGCUCUUGCUGCUGGAGGCUCCCAUUAUAAACAAUGUGAGGACGUGAGGAGCCCUCACCCUUGUGACGUCAUCCGGUAAAGGCAAGGCUUUUUUAUCAGCACCAAAAGUUGCGAACUUUAUCGUGGAUGUUCUCUACUAAAUCCUUACAGUAAAAAAAUGGCAAUAUCGCGAAAUGAUCAAGUAUGACACAUAGAAUGGACCGGCUAUCCCCGUUUAAAUAAGAAAAUCUCAUUUCAGUAGGCCUUUAACACCUGUGUUUUUUUCCCUUUGUUUGUACUGGAUGGAUGUAUUUAUUUUGUUACUAUUUAACUGAAGAGGAACACUCACAAGCAAUCCUUUGCGUUCUUUUGUUUUUUUUUUAUAGGAUCUCUAUCAUGUGAAAAUAAAAAUAACAAUUU